AGGAGGUGUGCAGUUUGAAAUGAGAUUGGUGAUUAACUCCGGUCCAGGGUGAACCUCCACUCCAUGUUUUCCAUCAUACUGUAGUGAAGUAAACCAGCAGCGGUUCUUUAAGAAGUUUAGCACCGAGGGAAAGCCUCGAGUCUGGAUAUGAAUGCAGACAGGAUAAGAUCAGAAUGAUGUGGGAAUAUUUCACAGUGCGUCCGCAGGUUUAGAAGCUGAAGGCGAAGCUUCAUUUCAGGACAUGGAGUUUGGACAAGUGUAUCUAAGAUAUAACAGAGCAGCUCUGCUGUUUGUAAUGAUGUUCAAAUUGGGUUUGUUCUGCACAGUGACCGGUGACAAAUGUCUGUCAUCCCCAUGUCAAAACAACGGCACCUGUGUGCCUGAACAUACCGACUACAAGUGUGUCUGUGCAACAUCUCCUCUUAUGUAUGACGGUAAGAACUGUGAGCUUUUAUUUGACCCCUGUAAAAAUGCUGACUGCCUGAACUGCAUCGGCACUCCAGGAACAAAGAACUACACCUGCUUUUGUCCCGAGGGCUUUGAUGGGCCAAACUGCACCCAAAACAUCAAUAAGUGUGAGAGUGACCCAUGCACGGGUAUUAAAAACCAUUGCAUAGAUGGUGUUAAUGGAUAUUCAUGCCACUGUCCAAGUGGAUACAGUGGAGAGAACUGUCAAACUCGAGUACGAGACUGCUCGGAUGAUCCAUGCUUCAAUAACGGCACCUGCGUUUGGGGAUCGGAUGGAUACGAGUGCCAGUGUACCCAAGGUUUUAGAGGUCAACACUGCGAAGAAGAUAUUGAUGAGUGUCUGUCACAACCAUGCAGGAACGGUGCCAUCUGUGUGGAUGGUAUUGAUGUGUAUCAGUGUUACUGUGUGCCUGGUUUCCAAGGUUACCACUGUGAGAUUGACAUCAAUGAGUGCGCAUCCCAACCAUGUGAUAACAAUGGGACAUGUGUCAAUAUGAGGGAUCGCUACAUCUGUGAAUGUCUGAAUGGGUUUACAGGAGUGAAUUGUGAAGUUGAGAUUGAUGAAUGUGAAGUGACUCCCUGUCAGAACGGUGCCACCUGUCAUGAUCAUAUUGGUCUUUACACCUGUGAGUGUUUACCUGGAUAUGAAGGCAUUAACUGUGAGCUGGACAUUAAUGAAUGUUACAGCUCACCCUGUCUACAUGAUGGACUAUGUUUGGAUAUGGUGAACAGUUAUGCGUGUGACUGUAGUGGCACUGGAUUCAUUGGGUCUGUUUGUGAAGAAGAUAUACUUGAAUGCGCAUCUGAUCCAUGUCUGCAUGCCUCUACCUGUCAGGAAGGAGUUAACCAAUACACCUGUCUCUGCUGGCCAGGUUUUGAAGGCGAGCACUGUGAGGUUGAUGUGGAUGAAUGUAAACGGCAGCCGUGUGAGAAUGAUGGACAAUGUUUUCAGAGAUCAGACUCCAGUCUCUAUAGAGUUCUGCCUGAACUGGACUCUGACUUCAUGUACGAGCACGCGGCGGGCUACCUGUGUCAGUGCCUCGCUGGAUUUACAGGUGAAAACUGCUCAGUUAAUGUGAAUGAAUGCGAGUCCAUGCCGUGUCAAAAUAAAGGCGUGUGUGAAGAUCUCAUCAAUGCGUAUUGGUGUGUUUGUGCUCCGGGGUUCACAGGUGUUGUUUGUGAGAUUAACAUCGAUGAGUGUGAAACAGAACCGUGUCAGAAUGGAGCUCGGUGUGAAGAUGCUAUUAAUGACUACACGUGUUACUGUCCUUCUCCUGCACCUGACCAGCUGCCGUGGGGCGGCCAUGAUUGUAACAUCACACUGACCGGCUGCGUGAAUGACCCCUGCCGAAACGGUGCCACCUGCAUCCCUUCGCUGCAUGGAGACGAGCACCGGUACACCUGCACAUGCCCGUCUGGUUUCUAUGGCGACACAUGUGAAAUCCCCACCACUUUCUCCUUAACAGGGACCUAUUUGAUGGUGGACGUUCUGCAGAGUAACAGGAGCCGCAGGCAAGCCGGAAUCCAAGGGCCCAGCGUCCAGCUGAGAUUCAGGACGACUUUGCACAACGUAAUUAUCUUUUACCGGGGAAGCCGAGAGCAUUUUUUUACACUGGAGCUAAGUGGUGGAAAUCUCCUCUCUAGAGCUGAAUCGGGAGACUUAAAUCUUACUGCUCAACUAGAAGGGAAUUUCAGCGAUGGACUUUGGCAUGACGUCCUGGUCAGUGUGGAUGAGAAACUGAUUUUGAGCCUGAUAGGAGAGAACAAGACAACGGCUGAAGAUGAAGGUCAUAACCAUCUUCUGUCCUUCCAGCCACAUGGUUUGAAGAAAGUGUACAUCGGUGGAGUUCCACAGGAAUACUUAAACAAAACAUUAACCGGGACAGGAUUCGUUGGCUGUUUAGAGGAUUUGCUGAUAGAUUCUCAUCCGGUUCUUCCACACAACUUCACUGCAGGGCCGGAUGUUCAAAUGGGCUGUGAGAGGAUAGAAUGGUGUCAUUCAGACCCCUGCUCGGAUCGCGGUCGAUGCGUGGACCUUUGGUCAAACUACACGUGUGAAUGCAGAAGGCCGUACUAUGGACACAAUUGUUCAGAAGAGCACUCAACGUGGACAUUCGGUUAUGAGCGUAGAAGAACUUUUGCUGCGUUUCCCAUCACGCAGAAGCACGGAGGUAACAUCACAGUGUCGUUUUGGCUAAAAUCCCGCCAGUUAAACGGCCUGAUCUUUCAACUGAAGCGUCAGAAUCGUUCUUACCUCACAGUUUUAAUAAAGAACGGCUCAGUAUAUAUAGCGAUAUACAGCUCCAUCAGGAAAGCCUCUGACUUCAUAAGCGAUGCGAGGAAAGUCUUUGUGGCUAUUAAAAAAGAACAAGGCUUUAUAUACUUUAAUGAAAGACUGGUUUUUAGUCCGAGAGAUUUUGUCGAUUUCGAAGUAGAUGCUGGAGAUGUGGCGUAUCUUGGUGGACUUCCUGAAGGUGAGGACACUACACAGUGGGGUGGAUAUUUUAAAGGCUGUUUGCAAGAUGUCCGCAUAGAUGACGUGCAGCUCUACAUGUACUCGGGCAGUAUCAGCAAAAAACCCCAACAUCCAAUCUACUUACCAAGAAAUUCAUCAAAUUUAUUGGAGCAUUGCAUUAGCGACCAAAUGUGUAAGAUGAAGCCGUGCCAGAACGGUGGAAAGUGUACCAAUCUCUGGAAUGACUUUAUGUGUGUCUGCCCUUUGAAUUUCUCUGGAAAGGCGUGCGACACUCAUGUGUGGUGUAUUAGUGAUCCGUGUGUCCCUGGGAGUCGAUGUUUAGAUUUACCUGAUGGUUAUGAGUGUUUAGCCAAUGCCACGUUUCAUAGCAAUGCUUUGAAGUACAGUGCCACCGGAUCCUUACAUACCUCUGUGACAUCUAUCUCAAUGGAGUUACGAACCCGUGAUGUGAACGGAACGCUGUUACGCGUCUCCAACGGUGUGGAAUUCUUCUGCAUGGGCCUUCUGUAUUCCUCCCUGAUCGUGAAGCUCCGCAACGGUAACAGCGUCGAGACACAAGCUUUUAUCAGUACAAUGUCAGUUUCAGAUGGCGAUUGGCACCAGGUCAGCCUCUACACGUCCGGCUCAUCCAACGCAUCACUUCGAUGGCACCUCAGCAUAGAUGGCAGAGCAGCCGGCCACAGCCUGGCAACAGCUGGCAGCAUGGACUUCUUUAACCACUCCACCGUGUGGUUGGCUGAGAACUACACCGGCUGUUUGGGCGAGGUACGGAUCGGUGAGGUAUAUUUACCGUUCGUCGGAAGUCUUGAGGAGGAACCGCCACAAACCUCACGGUUCGUCCGGAUUGGCGAGGUGGCAAAGCCUCAGCUGGGAUGCCACGGUGCACCCUUGUGUCUUUCUGGUGAGCCUUGCCAGAACAACGGCACAUGCAGAGACCUCUUCAAUCUCUUUGAUUGUGAAUGCGCCCCUGGAUGGACGGGGGAUCGGUGCCAAGAUAACAUCGACGAGUGCGGCCAACAGCCCUGCUUCCAUGGGACAUGCCGAGAUCUGCCGGGGGACUACGAGUGUCUGUGUGCCCCUGGCUAUGGUGGCAAGAACUGCCAGGUGGAUGAGGAUGAGUGCCAGGAUCAUCGCUGUGAGAACGGUGCCUCGUGUGUGGAUGCGAUUGGCGGAUAUACCUGUGUUUGUCCACCAGAUCACACAGGCCCUUUCUGCCAGUGGCGCUUUCCUCCUCAGCAGUGUGAUGUUGAUCUUCAGUGUGAAAAUGAAGGCACGUGCACAGAAGGAGAUUUAGGGGCAAACUGUAUCUGCAAACCAGGUUUUACUGGAGAGAGAUGUGAAGUGGAUAUAGAUGAGUGUGAAUCUGACCCGUGUCUCAACGGUGGCACUUGUCUGAACAGACUGAACUCUUACUUCUGUGACUGUGUGUCUGACUUCAGUGGAACAAACUGUCAGAAUACUAAACAGCUGCAGGGAGAAGGUGUGCCAUGGUUGGUGGUGGCCGUCCCGCUGCUGUGUCUCGGGGUUCUGCUGGCAGUGGUGACUUUGGUUUGUAUGGUCCUCACUGCCAGAAGGAAACGUCAGUCGGAGGGAACGUACAGCCCGAGCCAACAGGAGGUAGCAGGAGCCAGACUGGAGAUGGGGAACGUGCUUAAAGUUCCUCCAGAGGAGAGACUAAUCUGACAAAUGUAUACACAAACAACAUUUACAUUGUUGCACUUGUGGCCAUGCCACUUUUAAAUUUAUUAGAAAGUGACAAAGCCAGCAAGCGUGGGAUUUAUAUGUCAAGGCACGAUGAGCAAAGCUACUUGUGUUUUGUAUACAAAGAUGAUGGGAGACAAACUGUGGUACAGUAGCCGGUCUGCUACUCUCAACUGUGUGAAUUUGGAUGUAACUUUCAAUGUAAUAGCAUUGAAAGCAAUGACCAGUUGUGUGUUAAAGGCAGGGUGCAUGAUCUCUGAAAGCCAAUGUUGAUAUUUGAAAUCACCUAAACAAACACGCCCCUACCCCAAUAGAAUCUGGACCUUCUUUUGAUAGACCCGCCCCACACAUACGCAACUCAAGCAACGAUGUCGGUUAGUAGACACGCCCCUAACUGCUGAUUGGCUACAAGUGUGUUUUGGUAGUCGGCCCGACUCCUUUUUCCAAAGGGUUUUUCAAAAAUCCUGCACUCCGCCUUUAACUGUUGAUAAUAACUUCAGUGAUUAUAGUAUUUGUUUUCAUUGUUGUGCUUGAGACCAAUCUAUAAAUGCCACUGAUGGUUCUGUGCCUUUUCUCCAGUGCCAUUCAAAAGAGGUAUCAGGCCAUGCUUUACCUCAUCAGUUUAUGGUACUUUAGGUUGUGAAUAAAGGUCUAAAUACACUGUAGUAGUUUAAACACAUUGGGGCGGUUUCCCGGACAUGGUUUAUAUUAACCCAGGACUAGGCCUUAGGGCCUGUUUACACGAAAACGUAAACGUAAAAAUAUUUUAUCGGAUGUACCUAUCGGAGGGCUUAAAAACGCAAAAAAGUGAAACCACCCUCCAGAGACCUGGGAGAACUAGGAAUAAGGUUGUACGUAGGCGUGCGGACUUGGUGGUGUUGUGUGUCAGUGCUUCACAUUGCCACCUAACCACCUGGAGUGCAUACUACAUUGAAUAUCACACACUUUUGAGUUACCAUAUGCACGCAGAUUUCCCCCUCAAAACGCUUGUAUAAACACCUUACAAAAAACUACCUGUGUGCAUGUUGAGACAAAACAGUGACACUAAUAUACAGUUGAAAGAAAAAGUAUGUGAACCCUUUGGGCUUACCUGGAUUUCUUCAUAAAUUGGUCAUAAAAUGUGUUCUGAUCUUCAUCUAAGUCACAACAAUAGAGAAACACAGUCUGCUUAAACUAAUACCGCACAAACAUUAUACGUUUUCAUGUUUUUAUUGAACACAACAUGUAAACAUUCAUAGUGCAGGGUGGAAAAUGUAUGUGAAGCUUUGGGUUUAAUAACUGGUUGACCCUCCUUUGGCAGCAAUAACCUCAACCAAACGUUUCCUAUAGUUGCAGAUCAGACCUGCACAACGGUCAGGAGAAAUUUUGGACCAUUCCUCUUUACAAAAGUGUUUCAGUUCAGCAAUAUUCUUGGGAUGUCUGGUGUGAAUCCCUCUCUUGAGGUCAUGCCACAGCAUCUCAAUCGGGUUGAGGUCAGGACUCUGACUGGGCCACUCCAGAAGGCGUAUUUUCUUCUGUUGAAGCCAUUCUGAUUUACUUCUAUGCUUUGGAUCGUUGUCCUGUUGCAUCGUCCAUCCUCUGUUAAGCUUCAGUUGGCUGACAGAUGGUCUUAAGUUUUCCUGCAAAAUGUCUUGAUAAACUUUGGAAUUCAUUUUUCCAUCGAUGACAGUAAUCCGUCCAGGGCCUGAGGCAGCAAAGCAGCCCCAAACCAUGAUGGCCCCUCCACCAUAUUUCACAGUUGGGAUGAGGUUUUGUUGUUGGUGUGCUGUGCCUUUUGUUCUCCACACAUAGCGUUGUGUGUUCUUUCCAAACAACUCAAUUUUGGUUUCAUCUGUCCACAGAAUGUUAUGCCAGUAGUGCUGUGGAACAUCCAGGUGCUCUUUUGCAAACUUCAAACGUGCUGCAAUGUUUUUUUUGGACAGCAGUGGCUUCCUCCGUGGUGUCCUCCCAUGAAGUCCAUUCUUGUUUAAUGUUUUACUUAUAGAUUUCUCAACAAAAAUGUUAGCAUGUGCCAGAGAUUUCUGUAAGUCUUUAUCUGACACUCUAGGAUUCUUCUUCACCUCAUUGAGCAUUCUGCUCUGUGCUCUUGCAGUCAUCUUUACAGGACGACCACGCCUAGGGAGUGUAGCAACAGUGCUGAACUUUUUCCAUUUGUAGACAAUCUGUCUUACCGUGGACACAUGGACAUCAAGGCUUUUAGAGAUACUUUUGUAGCCCUUUCCAGCUUUAUGUAAGUCAACAAUUCUUGAUCGUAGGUCUUCUGAGAGCUCUUUUGUGCGAGGCAUGGUUCACAUCAGACAAUGCUUCUUCAGAACAGCAAACUCAAAACUGGUGUGUGUUUUUAUUUGGACAGGGCAGCUUUAAUCAACACAUCCAAUCUCAUCACAUUGAUUGGACCCCAGGUUGGCUGACUCCUGGCUAAUUAGCUCUUGGAGAAGUCAUAAGCCUAGGGUUUCAUAUACUUUUUCCACCCUGCACUAUGAAUGUUUACAUGUUGUGUUCAAUAAAAACAUGAAAACGUAUAAUGUUUGUGCGGUAUUAGUUUAAGCAGACUGUGUUUUUCUAUUGUUGUGACUUAGACGAAGAUCAGAACACAUUUUAUGACCAAUUUAUGAAGAAAUCCAAGUAAGCCCAAAGGGUUCACAUACUUUUUCUUUCAACUGUAUGUUAAGAUAUGUCAGUACAAGUUUUUUUUUUCUUUAAAUUAAGGCAGCUCAAACAUGCAUUUUAGUCUGGGACUAGGAUAAGCACUGUCUGGAAAACCACCCCUCCAUAAUGACAACAACAGCACAUUUACACUAAAAGUUAAAAUUGUAUUGUUUGCAAAUAGAUUUAAAGUAUAGACAACACAGAAGUCAACUAAAUGUGUAAAAUCUGACUAGUCAAGGUUGACAAAUACUGUAUCUACAUUUUAUUUAGCUACAGUCAGCAUGGAUUAAUCCUUUUUAUUCUUUUCUCAAAGCAGCGACACUACAGCUGCAGAUUUUAGACAGACAACAGUAUCUGUUGUGUUGCAUCUUGUGUUGUUGUUAAGUCGCUCACCACAAGCAGAGCAUUUUCCUUUAAAUGGACACUCCACCUUUUUGGAAUCCAUUCAGCCAAUCUCCGGGUCUGGCGGUACCACUUUUAGCAUAGCUUAGCACAAUCCAUUAUAUCUGAUUAGACCAUUAGCAUCACGCUAAAAACUAACCAAAGAGUUUUGAUAUUUUUCCUCUUUAAAACUUGACUCUUCUGUAGUUACAUCGUGUACUAAGACCGACAGAAAAUUGAAAGUUGCGAUUCUCUAGGCCGAUAUGUAUAGGAACUAACUCUUAUUCUGGUGUAAUAAUCAAGGACUUUGCUGCCGUAACAUGGCUGCAGGAGGCGCAAUUAUAUUAUGCAGAUGCCGAAAAUAGUCCUCUUAGUAUUGCUCUGGGGAGCUGAAAAAUGAGCAUAUUUUCAAAAAAAGUGGAGUGUCCCUUUAAGGUAGGAUUCUAUGUUCUCAAACGCUGAGGGCGUGGCCACUGUCUGCGCUGAAACCACGCCCACUCACGGGAAAUUUGCCGUCUCUUUAAACCUUCAAAUACCGCUGCAACCUGAAUUAAUGUCCGCAAUUGAUUUAGAGGCGCGGCCAUGCUCCAUGGCUCCAGUGUGUCAUCUAGCUACCGCCCAAAUAAUCCUGAACACAAAAAUGUGGAAAAACUGUUUAACGGUGUAACCCCACAAUCUUUGUGAUGUGUUUCAGCAAUACAUGUCUAACAUUUAUAAUGUGUUUAAAAACAAUCUCUGAAAUGACUUCACACAGACUUUUCCAAAGCAAAGUUAUUUCUGUAUCAGUAUUUGUGUCUGAUAAAUACAGGCAUGUUUUUGAAUGUAUUUAAAAAAACUGUUUGAAUACUUACUGUGCCUUGCUAAUAUAAUUGAAAAAGUUUUACUUUUUAAAACCCACUUAAACUAAUUUGAAAUCUUUAUUCUGCAUACGGUUGGUUCAGCAGUUAAGAUUUGCUAAAAAAAGUAUUGAAAGUAUUAGUAUUUAUUGUAGCACAACGUAGGUGCUUAAUUUUUCGAAGUAGUUCACUAUGUAGACUGUAUCAGUAUUUGAUUUUAACACUGGACUGUUGGAUUUGUGUAUUCAUAAUUAUGCUGUAAGAUGUGAUGUGUUUUUAUAUUUGUGUUCAUCAUGAACUAUACUUUUUUUUAUACUGCCCUGACAUCAUUGAAUGUGUUUGACAAUGCUGUGAAUCAUUAAUCAGAAAACCAGUCAAAUGAAACAGCCAUGAAUUUGGAAAUAAAUCAGUGUGCAGAUGGGUCUAGACACUUUACUAUGAAUUGAUGAAUUAUAAAUGAAGAGUAAAACACAAAGUUUGACUAUCAUGCAAAUCAUGGGGAAAUCUGCUCACAAUAAUUCAUUUCUUGUAAAGUGAUCAGUUUACUGUAGUUUUGAUAGCAUACUGAACUACAGAAUAAAUAUUUUAUACAAAUAAUC